AUGGUGAUGACGCCAUUAAAACUUUCUGUCAAAUUAAACUAUAAAGGAAAAGACGUGAUGUGGCUAGAAUUCAGAAAUAAUAAUAUCAAUAUUGUUUACUGCCCAGAGCGACUUGGAGAGAUAGAAAUAGAAACAGGAGAGAUAGAAAUAGAAACAGGAGAGAUAGAAAUAGAAUCAGGAGAGAUAGAAAUAGAAACAGGAGAGAUAGAAAUAGAAACAGGAGAGAUAGAAAUAGAAACAGGAGAGAUAGAAAUAGAAUCAGGAGAGAUAGAAAUAGAAACAGGAGAGAUAGAAAUAGAAUCAGGAGAGAUAGAAAUAGAAUCAGGAGAGAUAGAAAUAGAAUCAGGAGAGAUAGAAAUAGAAACAGGAGAGAUAGAAAUAGAAUCAGGAGAGAUAGAAAUAGAAUCAGGAGAGAUAGAAAUAGAAUCAGGAGAGAUAGAAAUAGAAUCAGGAGAGAUAGAAAUAGAAACAGGAGAGAUAGAAAUAGAAACAGGAGAGAUAGAAAUAGAAUCAGGAGAGAUAGAAAUAGAAUCAGGAGAGAUAGAAAUAGAAACAGUUUUAAUAAUGUUUACAUAA